CAAUUUGAUCUUGUUUAGUCAAACAGAGGAUUCCAAACAGAGUUCAAGUUGCAGGAAGGCAAUUUUGGCAAUUCCAAGGUGCUACUAGCCUACUAGUCUCCGUGUUCGGUCGUCUAUCUAUUUCUUCGUCCUUUUCAUACCCACUUUGUCAUUUCAGUUCCAACCAGAAACAAUUUCAAUGGGGAGGAGUGGAUUGUUUGAUCUUGAAAACCACUUUGCCUUCUAUGGCGCAUAUCACAGCAACCCUGUUAACAUUUUGAUCCACACUCUGUUUGUGUGGCCUAUUCUCUUCACCUCUCUUGUUCUUCUCUACUUCACACCUUCCCUGUUCAGUUUCCCAGCUGGGUUUUAUCUCAAUUUCGGGUUCGUGUUCACUGUGAUCUAUGCUUUGUAUUAUGUUGGAUUGGAUAAAAAAGCUGGGUCCUUGGCUGCUUUGCUCUGUGUUCUCUGCUGGGUUGGAGCCAGUGUUCUUGCUAAUCGAUUUGGGUUUUCAUUGGCGUGGAAGGUUGUUUUGGCAGCUCAGUUGUUCUGUUGGGCUGGACAGUUCAUAGGCCACGGGGUGUUUGAGAAACGAGCACCGGCUCUUCUGGAUAACCUCGUCCAAGCAUUUCUGAUGGCUCCUUUCUUUGUGUUGCUUGAGGUCCUUCAAACGGCCUUUGGUUACGAACCUUAUCCAGGGUUUCACUCAAGCGUGAAACAAAAGAUAGAGGCCAAUAUCAAAGAGUGGCAGGAAGAGAAACAAAAGAAACAAACUUAAGCUUAGAUGGCUCACAUCCAGAGAACAGUUCUGAGAUGAAUAUUUUGGUAUGCAUCUGCAUUUGCCAAGUAGUUUUCACCCGACAUGGGGAAGAAGAAAACAAGAACUUCACAUGUAGUUGUAUAAUACAUGGGUCUGUAUCUGCAUUUGCCAAGUAGUUUUCACCCGAAAUGGGGAAAAACAAAACAAGAACUUUAAAUGUAGUUGUAUAAUACAUUGCUCCAAGACUACUUUGUCCUUGAAUAUAAUGUCAUAUUCUGUUCUACCAAAG